AUGGGUGAUCAGGUGUGUAAUGAAAAGGUAAAUUCUAACAAAAAUAAUGGAAAAUGGAGAGCCGUAGUAUUGGUUGCUAGUGAUUCCUGUUCAAUUGGUAGUAAAGAAGAGAAAAGUGGAAAAAGAGCAAGUGAAUUGAUAACUCAAAAAUUAGGGUGUACAUUCUGUAAUAUACCUAAAGUUAUAGUUACAAGUGAUGAUAAAGACAAACUUGUUGAUCAAAUGAAAUUUUUGGUAGAUUUUGACAAGUAUGAUUUAAUAAUUACCGUUGGAGGAACUGGUUGGAGUCCAAGAGACAACACACCAGAAGCAACAAAAAUGGUUAUUGAUAAAGAAUGUAAUGGAUUGAGUCAAGCUUUGAUAAAUAAAAGUUUAGAAAAAACAAGUAUGGCUGCAUUGACAAGACUUACUUGUGGAAUAAGAAAAAAUUCAUUGAUUGUUAAUCUUCCUGGUAAACUUAAAGCUGUUGAGGAAUGUUUUGAAAUUUUAGAAAAUGUCUUAAGUCAUGGAAUGGAUGUAUUAAAAAAUAAUUUACAAGCUGUUGAUAAUUUGCAUGGUCCUAGAUAA